AUGGAAGACGUUUUUGUGCCGUAUGCUCAAGCAAUACCAGAAAACAUGUUUUCAUAUCUUCUGGUUAUCCUCUCUUGUGUAGGCAACGCAAUUGCUCAACAAGCAGGACCGGUCUACUCACCUUUGCGACCACCUUCCAUCCCUCUCGCAGUCCGCUCCCCAUACACUAGCGCUUGGAGCACAACCUCCGGCGGAAGUACGCUUAAUAGUCGGAAUGUCACCUUCUGGACUGGCGAUCCCAUAGGAUGGAGUGGCAUCAUACGCGUAGACGGAACGGCUUAUGAGUACAUGGGAGACUCACCCUCCGUACAAGGUCUCCAGAAAGCAACUCCACUUACCGUAUCUUACGACUCCCACUACAGUAACUUUACAUUCGACGCUGGACCUGUGCGAGUAAAGGCGCGAUUCUUCUCUCCUGUUCUACCAAAAGAUCUUUGCAAGAGCAGUAUUCCGCUCAGCUAUCUGGAAGUCGAGUGGGUCGCCACCGACGAGCUCUCGCAUGAUGUACAGCUCUACUCAGACAUCGAUUCUAUUUGGCUUGGGGGCGGUAAUGUAUCAUUUGACUGGACUGUUGACUGCCCUGGUGAGUCUUUCGGCGCAACCCAAUGCCCGCCCAAGGGAACGGAGACCCCCGACACAUUGUUUCAUUGGGAAGCAAUGAUUAUAGAUGAGCUUUCAUGGUCCGAUCGUGGCCAUAGGCAGGAACCGUACUGGGGCAGUCUGCACUACGUCUCUUCUCCCGGCAUGAGCACUGAGUUCGAUACUGCGAAUGGUCUAGCGACUACUGUACGGCAGCAGUUUGUCAAUGACGGCAAAUUGGAUCAAUCUUCCGACCGGGAUCAGUCUCAAGGACCUCCAGUUGACCGAGUGCCGGUGUUCGGUUUCUUGCAUGGUUUCGCGUCCAGCCAAUCCGGGUCGGUGCUAUACACUGUCGGGACAACUCAAGAGCCUGCUGUGAACUACCGCACUGCUAGUGGGGACAUCGAGCUCCAACCAUGGUGGCUUACGAGCAACUGCUAUUAUAGUACCAACUACAUGAUCCGCAGGCAUUACAAAGACUACGCAGCUACCGCAAAAGAGGCCAAAUUUUGGACCAUGAAGCUACGAUAUGACGUAGCUUACUACUAUGCCCAGGAAAAAGUGACCGAUAGGCAUACAGAAGUAUCUUCGUUAUCAGAAGAGGAGUCGUACUACGCCAUUGUCGCGCUUUCCGCCCGCCAGAUCCUGGCCGCAAACGUCCUCACGGAAUCUGCAGAUAACACUACGGGUCCAACCAUCUUUCAGAAAGAAAUCUCAUCAGACGGCAAAGUGAACACGGCCGAUGUCAUCUACCCUGCGUUACCCUUCUGGCUCUAUGCAAACCCGGACCUUCUUCGCUUACUGCUCAAGCCCGUCUUCGAGUUCCAGGAGUCUGGGCUCUAUCAUGAGCGAUACGCCAUGCACGAUAUCGGGCGAUUCUAUCCAAACGCUAUAGGCUACUACAGCUCCACCGUUCCCGAUGAGGAAGGGGAAGAAGCGAUGCCCGUUGAAGAGAGCGCGAACAUGGUUAUUCUGGCAGCUUCGUACUACUUGGCUACCAACGACACCGCAUUCCUUAUUAGCCACUACGAUAUCCUCAAGCGGUGUACAAAGCAGCACGUCAACACCAAGAACGUUUGUACUAACAAACCUGAAGAUGACUUCAACGAACCCAUCGCCAACAACACCAACCUCGCAAUUAAAGGCAUCGUAGCCUUAAAUUGCAUGAGUUUCAUUGCCCAAGCCAAUGGCGACAGAGGCUAUGGAGCAGGCAGAUGGCUGCGCAACGCAUAUUUCUACUAUACCCUCUGGUCCGAAUCAGCCAUAGACCCCUCAGCCAAUCACACUCUUCUCGCUUACAACCUCCCCGACUCCUACAGCAUCCUGUACAACAUCUUCCCAGCCCUCCUCUUCAACCUGCGCGCAAUCCCCAAAUCUCUCUUCACCAUGCAAUCGGACUUUUACCCGACUGUCGCCGAAAAGUACGGCGUUCCUCUUGAUAACAGACGCCUGUGGACGAAGAGCGAUUGGGAGAUGUGGGCUGCGGCUACGAGUCGACCUGAAACAAGAGCGUUGUUUGUGAACUCGUUGGCGAAGUGGAUCAAUGAGACGAGUACAGACAAGGCGCUUUCGGAUCACUUUAUGACGACGGGUGAUGGGGGCUAUACGGAUUACCCGUUUGUGGCAAGGCCAGUCGUUGGGGGGCAUUUUGCGCUGCUGGCGAUGGGUCUUUUUGGGAGACAUGGGGUUGUAAACGGAGAGGAUGAGUAA